AUGCGGAGGCACAAACACUAUGUCUGCCUCAGAGAUGCACUGUCUCGCAGGCAGAAGCAACGACAAAUGCUUGUGAUCCAAAGGUGCCAAUGUCUGCGAGAUAAGUGGUUCACUCUGGAAGAAGAACAUGUUCCAAGGAAGUGCUGGGUCACCCUGAAAAGCCAGGAUUGGUGGGAUAGAAUUUUCCUUGGCACCUGGGAUGACGAAGAAUGGAUAGAGUGCUUCAGGAUGACCUGUGAAACUUUUGAAGACAUCGUCCGUAUUCUGAGACUGCAUCUGGAACAUCAGAAAACUUCAUUCCAGGAUCUGGUCACUGUUGAGAAAAUGGUCACUGUGGCAAUCUGGUGCCUGGCCAUCGGCAGCUGCUACAGGCAGGCCAAAAAUCAAUUUGGGAUUGGACUUUCCACCGUUGGUACCGCUGUUUUGGAGAUGUGCUACGCACUUAAGUCUGAGCUGCUCUCCAAGAUUGGUGGGGUUGGUUCGGUGAUGGAUGGAUUUGUGGCGCUCAGGUUCCCCGACUGUGUGGGGGCCAUAGAUGGGACCCAUAUCCCAAUAUGUGCUCCCGGAGGCAGCCCUGUGCAGUAUGUGCUGAAGUUGUUUUUUAAUCCGCAUUGGAAACGCUUGGGGAGGGGGUUGCUGGGGCGGGGUCUCCAGCGCGAAUCCCGGGCCCUCCCCCCGUCGGAGCAUGUAGACCGCGGCGCGGCAGAAGCGCCGAGCCCUGCGUGGCUGCGCGGUCUGGCGGCGGAGGAUCCUGCCUUCAGCAGAGGAGGAAACCCUCGCCAAGUAGCCGCAGCAAGGAAGGCAGAAGCGCCUGCUUACACCGCGCGCCUUCCCGUUCCCGGGGCCAGCCGGUCUCUUCGCUCUGCCCAGCGCCCACCUCCAAGCAUGGUGCGGAUCGCGCGGCGCGCUUCCCUCGCGCUGGCCUGGCUGCUCUUUCUCGCAGGUGGAUCUGCUGACGCGGACAGCUCAAGAGGUCGCAGGCAACUCUUACCUGUGAAUCAGCCUGGGGUCUGUCGCUACGGUUCUAAGCUUGACUGCUGUUACGGCUGGAAAAGGAACAGCCAAGGGCACUGCGAAGCCACCUGUGAACAUGGGUGCAAGUAUGGAGAAUGUGUGAUGCCAAACAAAUGUAAAUGUUUUCCUGGAUUUGUAGGGAAAACCUGUAGUCAAGAUAUAAAUGAAUGUGGAUUGAAACCACCCCCCUGCAAACACAGAUGUAUGAACACUCACGGCAGUUACAAGUGCUAUUGUCUCAAUGGGUAUACGCUCAGGCCUGAUGGCACCUGCACAAAUUCUAGGACAUGUGCUGUGGUGAAUUGCCAGUAUGGUUGUGAAGAGGUGAAAGAUGAUGUACGAUGUUUGUGUCCAUCCAGUGGACUGCAGUUGGCACCAAAUGGAAAAACAUGCACAGAUAUUGAUGAGUGCUCUACUGGCAAAGCUAUGUGCUCUUUCAACCGUAGGUGCAUCAACACAUUUGGAAGCUACUACUGCAAGUGCCAGAUUGGGUAUGAAAUGAAGUAUGUGAAUGGCCGAUAUAAUUGUGUAGAUAUAAAUGAAUGUACAGCAAAUACACAGAAGUGUGACCUCCAUGCAGAGUGUCUCAAUACUCAGGGCUCCUUCAAAUGCAAAUGUAAAUUGGGCUACAGAGGAAAUGGAUCUGAGUGCUCUGUUAUUCAUGAAAAUUCUGUGAAAGAGAUUCCUAGGAUUUCUGAACUUGCCAAAGAGAAAUUCAAGAAACUUCUUAUGCAGAAGAACAGUGUGAAAAAACAGGAAGACAUAAAAAAUGUGAUUCCAGAAGCUCCUGUGACUCCAGCUUCUAAGGCUCACAUAAGGCCUUUAGACUAUGACGAUGGCAUCUACAUAGAAAGUACCUAUAGUGAACGGGGGAAAGGCUCUGAAGAUGCUGGAAGAGGUAAGAGAGUAGAAGGAGAAGGGGAAGGAGAAAGAGAAGACUUUGAAAACCAGAGUAACCCUGAGAAGAAACUUCGAGGAGAUGUUUUUUCCAAAGAAGCUGCUGCUUUUGGUCCUCUCCCCAUACAAAGGAAAAUUCAAGUUGAAAAAACAGAGCUGGAAGUCGACUGCAGCUUCAGUCAAGGGACUUGUGCCUGGCAGCAAGAUGCAAGUGAUGACUUUGACUGGAAUCCUGCAGAUCAUGAUAAUGGUGAUGGAUAUUACAUGGCAGUUCCAGCCUUCAUGGGACACAAGAAGGACGUGGGUCGUUUGAAACUUCUUCUUACAGACCUUAAGCCAAAGGGCAUCUAUUGUCUCAUUUUUAGUUACCGGCUUGCAGGAGACAAAGUGGGGAAACUACGAGUAAUAGCAGGCAAUGAUAGCCAUACUCCUUCCUGGGAACAGAGCAUGACAGAUGAUGAACAGUGGAAGACUGGACAGAUGGAAGUAUCUGUGGGGGUUGAAUCAUCGAUGGAUAUCACUUUUGAGGCAGAACGUGGGAAAGGUAAAACAGGAGAAAUUGGAGUGGACACUGUUAUACUGGUUUCUGGCCUGUGCCCUGAAGAUCACUUAACAUUGGAUAUUUGAGUUUGUAACACGAAUGGCUAUUAUAUUAUUUACUGUACUAAAACAAGUUUUUAUAACAUUGUGACCUAGAUAUAAUGAAAAUCUGAAAAUCACAUUGUGAAACUUGAAUGCAGGCAAUAAGCUGACAUACCUAAAAUGUCUGUCUUUAGAUAACUAAUUUGUAUAUAAACUGUACUAAACUUUGUUUUAUGUAUAACUCUGCUGUAUGAGUAGAGUCUAUAUAAUGUGAAAAAUAUUUGUUGAGCUAUUCUGCAACAAAUGUGCAUUAGUUUGUAUAAAAUUAUUUUAAGGAAUAUUCCUGUUUUUAUAUUCCUCAGCGUUCCCCUGCAGAGUGUGAAGUAUUGUCUAAAAAUAGGUUGUUGUCUCUGACAUUUGCCACCACAACACUUAGUUUGACACUAAGUGUUUGAUACAUUGGUACCUGCCAUGUGCCCAGGCCCUUCAAUACUCACAGACUUAUCAGCAAGUUCUAGCCAUCUGCCUGAUGAGUGUUUGCCCAUUAACCAUCCACAGAAAGUAUUAAUGUCAUUUAAAUAUUGAGGUGACCUUAAUAAAUCAAUAAUAUGAACAGUCUUGGACCAUUAUUCUGCAUGAGUUUCAUUUUUCAGCUGUUUGUAAUUAUAUAAUGUAAAUAUGUCAAAGAGGAAGUUCUUUUCUUUCCUUCU